CCGCGCUCAGAAGCAUGCGCCAAACGCACGUGUACGGUAGAACACGAACGGGAAAAAUGCGUACAUCGUAAAUGAAGAUUGUGUUGUUUGCUAAUAGGAAAGCGAUAUGGCCGACAAGUUGAAAGACACAAGUGGCUGCGUUCUUUCGAAUUAUGACUUGACCCGCGCGGUCUCUAUUCUGUGUGAGCGCAUCGGCAAACCGUGUCGAGGGCUGAAUCAAUGGCUUUGCAAGGAGGACUGGAGUCCAUCAUCCCGUGCAGCACUGCUGGAUCGUCUGGCAUCACUGCUGCACCAGCGCAGCUGUACAGACUUAGUGGCUCAGUUGUGUCUGCCUUUGUUGACUGAGCUCCUGGCACGCUCCACUCUGCGUUCCUAUGACAAGGAACAGUUUUGUGUGGCCCUUGGACGCCUUGUUUCGAGGUACCCAUCUGCUGCACUGUUUGUGGAUGGAUAUCUUGAACAAGAAUGCAACUUGCCAAGGCUACUGAAAGAGAGUGAGCUCGAGGUGGAAGGUGAUGCUCCACCUGCCAAGAGGCCUCGCACUGCAUCUGUGCCAUUGAACAUGGUGCGUUGUAUCUGGCAAUUGCUACGCCAGCAGCCUGGCCAACUUGCUCGACGCUGGGACUGGACACCUCUGCUGCCUUUCCUCAAGCACUCAUCAACCCCUGUUCGCUGGUAUGCAGCACACUGCAUGACUCUGUUGUUAUCCAUUGGAGAGUUGGAACAAAGGGCACUACUUCAGCAGCUGUUGCCAGAUGCGGAAGUGCUGCAGACAGAUUUAAGGUUAUCCACAGAGGUUGCCCUUGGAGCCCUUCGCCCGCCAUCAUGGCCCCCAACAUCUGAAAAGCCCGGAUGGCCACUUAUAAGUUCAGAUUUUAGUCCAGGUGUGGUCUGUGUCUCAGGCCUUCUACUGCAGCAGAGGGCUGCUCCAAAGAAUGCUACUGCUCAAGUUUUCCAUCAUGACUGGCUGGCACCAUCGGCCAAGCAGGCUCUUCGGUGCCUCGCUGAAUGUGUGGCUCGGGGGCAACCCUGUCUGGUACGGGGUCCUGUGGGUGCAGGCAAGACAAGUCUGGUGCGCUUGCUGGCCUCCAAGCUGUGUCAGCCUCUAGUCACUGUUCAGCUCGGUGACCAAGCAGAUGUGCAUGCCCUGGUGGGUGGUUAUGUCUGCUCUGAAGUGGCUGGCCAGUUUGUUUGGAGGGAGGGACCUCUCGCUCGAGCUAUGCGCACGGGCAGCUGGCUGCUGUUAGAGGACCUGGAGAGAGCCACCCCUGACGUGUCAAGCCUUUUGCUGGCAGUGCUGCAGUCGGGCACAGUGCCAGGUCUUCCAGUGAGGGCGGCCGGCUUCCAGUUGGUGGCCACACACCGGGGAUCACUGCAGCCAGUCACUCUCGCCACUGAGGCCCUGUGGUCCAUUGUCCACCUGCAGCAUCCGUCUCGUCAGGAACUCUAUGAGAUGAUUGUCCAUUACUGGCCUCAGCUGGAGCCAAUGGCAGCACGUCUUCUUGAUCUCUUUCACUUUCUUCGUGAACCUGGCUCGCCAGUGCGGCGAACCAUCUCUCAGAGGGACCUGCUGAAGCUCUGUCAGCGCCUUGUGUUGCGUGGCUUCUCUUUGGAAGGAACGCAGGCUGCUGAAAACACAUUUCAGGAUAUGAUGGACUGCCUCUGCCAAAGCAUCCGGGAUCCCACUAAGAGGCAGGCUCUGGCGCAGCAGUGUGGAGCACUCCUUGGGCUCACGAAGUCGCAGGCACUUUUUCUUUGCACAAUGAGCAAGCCAGAUAUCAAAGAGACUCCGUCAUCAGUGACUGUGGGCCGUGUUGUGUUGCAACGGCAAAAAUCUCAAGCAAGAGGCUCGUUGUCAACAGCUACAAAACGAAGCACAUUUGCUGGGACACGCCAUGCCUUGGUGUUGAUGGAGCAGUUGGCAGCUGCAGUAGCCAGUGAGGAGCCAGUGUUGCUCGUUGGCGAGACAGGUGUUGGAAAGACGGCAGCUGUUCAGCACCUAGCCGAGCUCACAGGUCAUCCUUUAGUGGUUCUUAACAUGAGCCAGCAAAGCGACAGCAGUGACCUGCUUGGUGGAUUCAAGCCUGUUGACAUCAAGCUUCUGUUGUCCCCAGUUCGGAAGAAAUUUGAGAAGCUCUUUAGCUGCACAUUCUCGCAGACUCGAAACGCGAAAUUCCUCAGUCACAUCACUACUUGCUUUGCUGGGCGUCGAUGGCGUGACUUAAUCGAUCUGAUGUCUCACAGCCGGAAGUCUGCUUGUCAAGGCUUUCAGGAAACUCAAAACGCUUUUGAUAAGGACGCGAUCGCAGUGCAUGUUCUCUGCGGAGCACGCGCGACCGAGCCGGGCCGUGACAAGGGUCAGUUGGAGCGCUGGCGGGCAUUUGGGGAGCAGUUGCGGAAAGCCGAGGCUCAAGCACGUCAGGCUGAGAACAAGUUGACAUUUGCUUUUGUUGAGGGUGCCCUUGUACGAGCUCUGAAGAAAGGUUCAUGGGUUCUCUUGGAUGAAAUCAACCUGGCCGAAGGAGAAGCCCUAGAGAGCUUGGCUCCCGUGUUAGAUGGUGGCUCACCGGUGCUAUUCGAGCGAGGGGACCAAGAGCCUUUAAAAAGACACCCCGAAUUCAGACUGUUUGCAUGCAUGAACCCUGCCACAGACGUGGGUAAAAAGGACUUGCCUGCAGGCAUUCGAAGCCGUUUCACGGAGGUGUACCUGGAGGAGCCUUUGGAGGAGAGUGAUCUGGAGCUGGUGGCAGCUGCCUAUCUGGGUGGCAGUGGGUCACCACCACUGCGAACUUGCGUGUCCCUCUACUUGAGCCUGAGGAAAGCUGCUCAGGAGGGCCUCACCGAUGGCACGGGCAGCCGGCCCCACUACAGCCUUCGCACCCUGUGCCGCGCCCUGCACCAUGCUGCCUCCGACCCCUGCAACAGUUGGCCACACUCACUGUACCAGGGAUUCUGCCUGAGCUUUCUUACGUCCCUAGACCGCAGCUCUCAUGCUGCAGUGGAGUGCAUGAUUCGCAAGACUUUACUUGGCUCCAAGGUGCCUCGGAACCCGCUAGCCCCUUGUGGCAUAAAGGCCGUGGAGCUUGAGGGCUACUGGGUGCCCACUGGUCCACUGGAGCUUCAAGAUUCUCCGGGCUAUGUGCUGACGUCCACCGUACGAAACAAUCUGCGUGACUUGGCCAGGGCAGCAGCCUGUGGUCGUCACCCUGUGCUCUUGCAGGGGGAGACUUCUGCUGGAAAGACCAGUCUUGUGCGCUGGCUUGCAGCUCGCACAGGUCACGUCUGCGUCCGUGUCAACAACCACGAGCAUACGGAUCUUGAGGAGUAUCUUGGCAGCUAUGGGGCUGAAGCUGGCACAGGCCGGUUGACUUACAGAGAAGGUAUACUUGUGGAAGCCAUGCGCCAAGGUCACUGGAUCAUCUUGGAUGAGCUGAAUUUGGCAUGCUCAGAAAUUCUGGAGGCUCUGAACCGGGUGCUGGAUGAUAACCGAGAGUUGUUCGUUCCUGAAACGCAAGAAGUUAUUCGUGCCCACCCACAUUUCAUGCUGUUUGCAACCCAGAAUCCACCUGGUCGCUAUGGUGGUAGAAAGGUGCUGUCACGUGCCUUUCGCAACCGGUUUCUUGAGCUGCACUUUGAGGAGCUGCCACCGGAGGAACUAGAAGAAAUCUUACAGAAGCGGUGCUCUUUGCCCCGCUCACUCAGUGUCAAGAUGGUGUCUGUGAUGACAGAGCUUCAGCUGCGUCGUCGUGAGACUGGUGUCUUUGCUGGUCGCCAUGGUUACAUGACUCUCCGCGACCUGUUUCGCUGGGCUGAACGCUACCGCCGGACUCCUGACCCAGGUGGCUUUUUUGACUGGGACCAGUUUUUGGCCAAUGAAGGAUACGCCCUGUUGGCUGGACGAGUUCGCCGACCCCAGGAGGCACAGCUUGUGGCAGAGGUUCUCUGCAAGAAGUUCAAGCGUCAAGUGGACCCAGGAAAGCUGUUCUCUGGUGUGCCAUGCACAGUUGCUCCUAAGGGAUUUGAGCAUCUUGUGUGGACUGCUGAUGCUCGACGCAUGGCGACCUUGCUGCAGAGAGCACUUCAGUUUGAUGAACCUGUGCUGCUAGUAGGAGACACCGGGUGUGGAAAAACGACAGUCUGUCAACUCCUUGCCUUGCUGGGAGGCCAAAAGCUUCGUACUGUAAGCUGUCACCUACACUCCGAGGCAGGCGACCUGCUCGGAAGCUUGCGUCCAGGGAGGGAGCCUGGGGGUCCCCUUUUCCAGUGGGUGGACGGCCCCUUGGUGGAAGCAAUGCUUGAUGGUGAACCUUUUCUGAUUGAUGAGAUCUCCCUCGCCGAAGAUGCUGUGCUCGAACGUCUGAACAGUCUGCUGGAGCCCGAGCGCACUCUGCUCCUACCAGACUGUGGGCGGGAGCUGGUGGCCAGUUCAGGGUUUCGUCUCCUGGCAACCAUGAACCCUGGGGGUGAUUUCGGCAAACGAGAGCUUUCACCAGCAUUGCGGAACCGCUUCACAGAAAUCUGGUGUCCUGGUGUGGCAUCGUCAGCCGACUUGGCAGCCAUUGCAGACCACAACUUGAGCCCCUCAGUGCACCUUGGUUCUCUGACUUUAGGGGCUGCUAUAGCAGAAUUUUUGGACUGGCUGCGCUCUGAUGAUUUAGGGCGACGUUGCGUAGCCACAGCUCGUGACAUAUUGGCUUGGACGGAGCUCAUCAAGCGCACAAUGGGCCGCCUAAGCCCUGCAGCAGCCUAUGUUCAUGGAGCUGUGAUGACUUUUCUUGAUGGCCUGGGAACAGGCACUACAAGCAGUGAAGAAAGCAGCGCAGUGACUGUGUUGCGAAGGAAAGCUAUGACCAUGCUGGAAAGCCAGCUGAGGCAGCAGUUGUCUGCAAUUCCUGAUGAUGCUCAGGAGGCUAUCGAGGAGGCCAGGGUGACUGUAUCUCAAGACGCCAGCGGCUUACACGUGGGCCCUUUUCAUCUUUCUUCAGGACCCAAGGGAGCGUGCCCAUUGGCGCAUGCCCACUACAGCCUACAGGCAGACACGCCACGGGCCAAUGCUCUGCGACUGGUACGAGCUCUGCAGCUAGAGAAGCCUGUUUUGCUCGAGGGCCCACCAGGAGUUGGCAAAACUAGCCUGGUAGCUGCUCUAGCGAGAGCCACCGGACACCAGCUUACCCGCAUCAACCUCUCUGAACAGACGGACAUUUCUGACUUGUUUGGUGCUGACCUCCCUGUGGAAAACCAAACAGUGGGGCAAUUUGCUUGGAGAGAUGGACCACUGCUGCGAGCUCUUCGAGAGGGUCACUGGGUCCUCCUAGAUGAAUUGAACCUGGCCUCUCAAAGCGUCCUCGAGGGACUCAACGCAUGCCUUGACCACCGGGGCGAAGUUUUUGUGCCUGAGCUAAACCGCACUUUCACUGUGGGUCAUUCACGGUUCUUCGGCUGCCAAAACCCAUAUAGACAGGGUGGAGCACGGCGUGGCUUGCCUCGCUCCUUUCUCAAUCGCUUUGUUCAGUUGAGCCUAGAACCCUUGAGCAGAGGUGAUCUCCAGACCCUUGUGCGGUAUUUGCACCCCGCACUGCCUGAAGUUACCCUGAACAACAUGGUUCUAUUCAAUGAGAAGUUGGUUGAUGAAGUGCAAAACCAAAGGCUUUGGGCUGUCUCGGGAAGUCCGUGGGAGUUCAACCUGCGUGACAUCACCCGAUGGGCUUGCCUUAUGGAACGAGGUCCGUCGGACCCUGGCGGUCACGUUGGACUUGUCUACGCAGCUCGAAUGCGCACCCCUGAGGAUCGCAGUAGGGUGUUUGGCAUUUACAAAGAAGUGUUUGGUGAGGCAUCUCUAGAACGGCCACCUGAGGUGCACAUGACUCCGAAGUGGCUGAGCGUCGGCAGCGCCAUUUUGCCCCGACGCAGUCCGACGCAGGAUCCCUCAUUGAGCUGCAGAGCCCUCGAAGACCUGCGACUUCUUCACAUUCAGGCACCUGCCAUGGAGGGCCUGGCGAAGUGCCUGGAAAAUGGCCUCGCUGCAUUGCUUGUAAGUCCGUCAGGAAGUGGGAAGACGACACUUGUGCGAAGCAUGGCCAGGCUUACUGGUCAUCCUCUGGCUGUCUUGCCCAUCGGCACGUCCACCGAUGCACUUGAACUGCUUGGCAGCUUCGAGCAGGUGGACCUGCUGAAGAAGCUCAAACACUUACUUUCAUCUGUGGACAGGCAGUUGGAUGAGCUUCUCAAACGGGCAUCUGAAAGGACUGAUAGAUGGGGACAUAGACAAACUGUUGAAGCUGCGGCAUCGGCUGCAUCAGAUUAUGCCAACUGCUGGAAAUCUACAUUGAGAGAGCUUGAGCUACUUGAAAAAGCUGUCAGCCUGCCUGGUGCUGUCAAUGGGUGCUUUGAGUGGCAAGAUAGUGUGUUGGUAAACAGCCUGAACAAGGGUCACUGGCUCAUGCUCAAGAAUGUGAACCUAUGUGCGGCUUCUGUGCUUGAUCGGCUAAAUGGCCUGCUGGAACCAGAUGGUGUGCUUCCUCUCACAGAGCAGGGUGUUGUUGGCGAAGCACUUCGUGUCAUCAAACCACACCCAGACUUCAGGCUUAUCAUGACCAUGGAUCCCAAGAACGGAGAGAUUUCAAGGGCAAUGAGAAACAGAGUUGUGGAGAUAUUUGUGCCAGGAGAGGAUAGCGCUGGCUAUUUUGACAAGUGGGACGGCCACAGUAUCUUGGCUUCAGCGCGGCUAGCACUUCCUCAAGCCAGUGGGCCGUUUCUUGAAUCAUGCAGCACUAGCAAAAACAUCUGUGCACAGGUUGCAAGGUCCUCUUUGGCAACCCUGCACAAAGUGGCAGCACUAUGUGUCCAGCGGCUGGAGACUGGCCUGCCUCCCAAGGAUGCUGUGUUGUCCAGUUUUGCACAGACCUACCAGGCAACAUGGGACACAGAAGAGGCUCAGGCAGCCUGCAAGUCGCUCCUCAGCAUACCAUGGGACAGCCUUGGGUUUCCCUCAGAGCACCAACUGCUCCUUUCCUUGGUGGCGUCACAGCCUCUGUGGUGCCUAGAACGUCACAGCACUGUCACUGAAAUUUGGAGAGACAGUUUACCAUUGUGUGCAGUUCUGGCAUCUGCCUCCGAUCUUCCGAGGGAGGUGCUUCCCUUGCCACUACAGCUGCAGAUGGAACCUGAGAAAAUGGUGGACACAGCAUGCCUGCUACUGCUAGAGCGAACAAGUCGUGCCGACUGGUGCCAGCGCUUGCAAUGGUUGCAACAGCUGAGUGCCACCCUCGGAUCUCAGCAACAACUGUGCAUAAUUGAGCAACAUGUGGAGCCAAUGCUGCGCACUCUAACUGCCCUCGAGUCACCUACUGCCCUGUCCACAUCCAUUGUCACAGAUGCACUUGUGCUGCCGGAGGAUCUGCCAUUGGACAUUCGCCACUUUCCUGAUCUCUUUUCAAGGUUGGCACUUCAACCAGAACUGUCCUCACAAACUGAAGCCUUGGCCAUGAGAGUUCAGCUUGUGCUGCGACAUGGCUGCCUGGAGGCAAGGCUUCCCUGUCUCACUGAGAGUGAGCCUCUUAAGGCCUUGCAUGUGCACUCAUUGCUCAAGCAAGUGCUUUCUUCUUUGAGGGCUUACCUGCUUCACUCAUCCUGCACAAGCAAUGAAUUCUACAGUAAGGCACGUCUGGUGCAACAACAUCUUGAGCAUUUCUUGGUGUCAAGCACAAGCACAGAUGCUUCUGUUAAAACCCGUGCUUCACGAGCUGCGAGGAUUGCACAGCACUGGAGCUGGCUAUGUAAGCAUCUACUGCACUUGCUGUCUUUCGGAGAGCAGUCUACAAGUAGCAGGGACCUACCAGGAGAGGUCGCAGUUUCCUGCUACCAGGAGCUAUCCUCCAUCAUUGCCAGCAUGAACGACACACUCAGCACUGAGCUGUCACCAAUGCACAAGGUCAGGAAGCACAUGGUGAAGCUCCUUGGCCAGCCCUGCACCUUGAGCAGCGAAGAAGCCGCCAGUGCUUUCGAAAGGGCAUCGAGACUCUCUCAGUGUGCAUGGGAUGCACUGUGUGGACGAGAGGUUAUUGGACAGCUUUCUGUGCCCCUUGGCCAAGCUCUGCCUGCUCUGGCAUUGUUAGAGACUUCCAUGCUAGAUAUCCUGCAAGGGCACUUUGAACAAGGAGAAAUUGCUCUAGCCAAUUUGGAAUCUGCAUGUGGCCCAAGUCAAGAGGACAAUGCUCAAGGAGAUACUGCAGCAGCACAGCCAGGCAACACGUUGGAUCCUGUUUCUGCACUCAGAGGUCUUCUACAGUUGGUUGAUGAGAGUGAAGCAAUUGAAGCACGCCUGAGUGGCCGCGACACUGCCGUACCUUUACUGGAAUUUCAGCACCCGUUACACGCUGUGGCUGUGGCUUUGGCUGCGAAGAACCGCUCACAGGAUGAAAUGACAACAUGGUGGGUUGAGCACCUCUGUGGCCUGUGGGAUGCACCACGGAUACUCGAGACAGCACUGGCUCACAGUUUGCCGAACACCAAUAGAACAUUCCUGCAAAAUCAUCAUGUGUACCUGACCCCCAUUGUGACAACUUCCUACUGUCUUAUAGCCGAGACGGCCAUGGCAUCUCAGCUUGCUCUGGGUGCUCGCAAGGACAAAUGCUCUGAGCUGCUGCUGCUUAGAACUCUACUGAGCCACUUAAAUGGCCCAAAGUCAUUCUGGCUUAGUCAUUAUGGUGCUCUGAACAAGUGGUUUUCUAUGGUGGUCUCUGCACUUCCUGGCAUCAAAGCAGUCUCUGGUGACCAGAACCGGUGGGAAACCCUCAAGCUUCCUGAAUUCCUAAAGUCACUUGUUGAAAACACAGCCUCGAUGGUUCAACAGCUGAGUGUGAAUGACGGCUGCUGCAACAGGGACUGGCUGUGGUCGUUUGGACUGACAUUGGCCCAGGUAGGCCUCUGUGCCCUACAAGUGUUGGUUCCGUGGGACCCAGUUGAUCCACUCUACAAGGCGGCACUCAAGUUGGCACACACGCAACAAGAGCUGUCAUACCUCGAAGCAGAACGACAGCUUAGGGAUUGGUCCAUCAUGGCACGUUUGGGAAAGCACGAGACUCAGGUGACACAUCCCGCACUGAAACUGGAGCAGUGCCGCCAGCAGCAGCUAAAGAUCAAAAUGAAGAAGCUGGCCUCCAAGAAAGCCCACCGAGCACCUAACACACAGUACGAAGAUCUUGCCCGGCAGAUGCGCCACUGUGCCUCCACACUGGCAAGUGUUGAGCGAGUACAGUCAGUGCUGGAGGGUCUGUGUGCUUCCUGGCAGGAUUCACGGGCUCCAACUGCUGAUGUGUGGCCAUGGCUUACUGCGCUUGAGGCACUGUGCCGGCAGCUUCGUCAGGAACACUCGUCUUUUCGAGACCUGUGCUACCCCUUCCUGUCCGGGCUGGCCCAGCUGACCCAUGGCGUUCGAAUGCUUGCCGUGCUGGCGACCUCCAAGUGCAACGUUUCAAGUGAGGUCUGGCACGUGCUGGAGCAGUCACUGACGUUUCCAUCUGCCUUGCCACCUCAUUGCCUGUCUACGCUGCUGUCAAGCUCACAACUGAUGGCUCUCAUUACGAACAAAGGCCAGCAGUUCCUCCUGCUUCGAUCUGCACUGCAAGAGCUGGUCACUGGCCAGAAGCAAGACCAUAGUGGGGCUGUCGAUUGGCGGAAGGCGGCACGUCCUGUGCUCCACCAGCUAUUGAUUUCAUGGCAACUCAAUGAAGAAGAGGAGCGGGAAAAGAAGGAGCGAGAGCAGAGCCUCUUCCAGUAUCGCACUCACCCUGCUGAGGAGAGCCAGGAGGUGUUGGAUGAGCAGCAGUGUCACGCUCUCUUUCCCAGCUACUCGCAGGAGUUUGAAGAUGAUGAAGAUGAACAUUCUCAACCUGAGAAGCCUUUGCCCGUGGCACAAGCAUUUGCCUUCAGUGGCAGUGAAGCACUGCAGGUGUGGCAAGCUCACUGCCAACUUGCUGACCCAAAAACAACAGAAGAGAAAGCUGACUGCCUGGAUGCCUUGAGGCUGCGCCAUGAGGCACUGCGGAGCACAUUGCAGCAGCAUGGAGCUCACCUGGAUGCAACACUUGAUGUAGCUUUGCAAGGCUGCCACUUGGUCUCGUGCUGGUCAUUGGAAUUGAGCCUAGGCACAGCUAGCUUGGAGCAGCAAGGCCUAGUGCAAUGUAAACCAGAGAACAAAGGUCGCGACACUGGACGCCAGAUCGACCUAUACCAUGACGCUGAUCUGCAAGAGACAUCUCUGUGUGAGGGCCCCUUGUGUCGCCUGGUGACAAGAAUUGGGGACCUUCUUGUGGAGUUCCCUGGACACCCAGGCCUUACCAAGUUGAAACAGGUCUGCAAUCGUGUGCUGGACCUGCCGGUGUCAUCACCAGUAAUGAAAGUUCUUCAAGGACUGGAAAUACUGCUUGCACUAGGACAGGACUGGGAAAAAGGGGCUCAUCGGAAGAUUUCCAUUUCCCCUGAGCUGAAUGCACUUACCCACUUGGUAGUGCGGUGGCGCAAAAUGGAGUUGCACAACUGGACCCAGUGCCUGAAUGGAGUGGUCCAGAAAGUAAGAGAAAGAAGUGCCAGGUGGUGGUUUUUUAUGUACCACCUUUUGGCAAACCUUGUUCAGGAAAAGAGCCAGCUGGAUGCAGACACUCUCCGACAGGUGAGGGAUGAGCUGGUGCGUUUCCUGGACACAAGCCGUCUCGGGGAGUUUGAGUUUAGACUGCAGCUGCUGUGGCCCUUCUUGCUUGAGGCGCAGCAGUCGGGCUCUCUCUUGACAGGCCUUCUCUUCAACCUGUGGCACUUCUACAGCCAGUACGUCCCGUCUACUCGUGAUCACAUUAAAGCAGAUAGGGAGCCCAUUGAGAAGAAGCUCAAGGAAUUCGUAAAGAUAGUUCGCUGGAAGGACAUCAGCUUCUGGGCCAUCAAGCAAGCUGUGGAGAAGUCCCACAGAGUGCUGGUCUCACACGUUCGAGAUUUUCAGCAAGUGCUUGACCAAGAUGCCCGCUGUGCAUUCAAUGGUUUGACCAAGGAAGCGGAGUUCAAAGAGCCAAGUUCCCUCUGCCUGAAGUUCAGGCCUUGCCAAUUUCUGGGUCCUGUGCCAAAACGUGGGGAUGGACAGCACCGUUAUGCAUUCCGAAUGCGGCAGCUUCUAAAUCGAGUGAUGCGCAACAUGGAGGCAGUGGAGCUGACGCAAGAACUGGAUGACCUGGCUGCUGAAGUAGCUGCCACUGUGGAGGCAUUUGAGCAAGAGGAUGUCAUCUUGGCCAAAAUGGGUGGUGGCCAGUCUGAACCCGAAUCCAAGCGUGAGGAUCGCAAGAGGCAGGUGCGCCUCGUCCAGCAGUUGAAACGCAAGGCCCUGGCUAAUCUUUUCAAGACAUUGGCCAAUAUGGGUCUGUCUUACCGCAAGGGCCAGCUGUUCGGGCCAACAGCGCAUAGCAUGCUGGAGGCACCAGCGCUUGAGCUCUCAGAAGCCAUGAGGAAUAGCCUGCCUCCAGUCGUGGAUCAGUCCAUGAGUCGGAACCAUGCUGGUUGCCAUCGCUACUACUAUCGUUGCAUCGCAAGUGUUGCCGCCUUGGCUGCCAGCUGCCCUAGUAAGGAAUUUGACCCACAGUUGAUGGAAAGGUGCUGUGGAUUCGCGGGUCACUUGGCCACCCUGGCUGUGGAAGAUCGCAGUCGUUCCUGCGACGCAGUUCACAAACUGGAAAAGCUACAGCAUCUAGCAACUUCUCUUGAGGAAUCUUCAAAAGGACCACUUCCACAACAGGCUUUCCUCGACCAGUGGAAGGAGAAGCUGGCCUCAGCGAUAUUCCAGAGCAGCUACCAGAUGGAACAAAUAUUGGUACUGUUGAAAGCCUGGCCAGAGCCUGCUGAAUCAGCUGAAAGCCCAAUUAAAGAAGCCGUGGCAAGGCUUGAACCGCAACUAGCCUUGCUUCAAAGAUGUGGACAGCAGCUGUCACACCCUGCCUUCAGAGGUGUGCUUGGCCACCCUAGCAUAGAGUUGCUUGGAGAUGUGGUGAGUCACCUAGCAGCACUUAGCCAAGACGCUCAAGAGAUUGGCCGCACUCUCCAACUACCACUAGCCAGAAACUUGCAUGAACUUGCCGAGACUUUAGGAGCGCUCUCCAGAAAGUGGCAACAAAUAGAGCUCCCAGAACCUAAACCACACAAGAGCUCAGCCACAGAUAAGCUUGUUAGGAGGUUGCUCCUAGCAGUGCAGUCUUUGCACGCAAUGCUUGGUGAACCAGGGAAGUCCAAGCCGGAGCAGUCACUGCAGCACCUGAGAGAAAUCCUGCAACAGGCAUUUGUCAAGCUUGACUUGGAGAAGGUGGAGCUCUGUGCACAUUGCCUGGUGCAACAGCUUGCAAAGCAUGGCACUAGCGUUGAAGCCAACCAAGCAAGUUCCAGGGUGGUUCCUCUACUGCGGCAAUAUUUGGGAGUGGCCCAAUACCUGGUGACUCUGCAGCUUGCAUACCAUCGAACUGAACUCAAGUUGCUGUAUGUGCUCACAUCCGUCUUUACUAGUCUAGCCCAAAAGGGCCUGUGCAUUCCCGAGGAGUGGCGUGAAGAGAUUGCGCGAGAAGGGGCACCAGAGUUCGAGGAAAUCGAGGAUGGUGGGCUGGGAGAGGGUGAAGGCGCCAAGGACGUCAGCGACCGAAUCGAGUCUGAAGACCAGCUUGAAGGCUUACGCAAUGAGCAGCAAAAAGAGGACACUGAGAAGUGUCCAAAGGAAGAGGAAAAUGGAGUAGAGAUGUCCGAGGACUUCGAUGCUGCUGCCCAGGACCCUGAGGAACAAGAAAAUGACAACGAAAAAAGUGAUGAUGAUGAUGAUAAGGAUGAUGAAGAGGAGCUUGAGGACCAGAUGGGGGAUGUUCAAGCUGACCAGAACCUUGACCAAGAGCUGUGGGACAAAGAAGAGGAAGAUGAGCCUGAGGAGGCAGGUGAUGAGAACGAAGAGAAAGGUGCCACAGGCGAGGCCUGCAAACAGACGCCUGAACUUGGUGCCAAGGAUGAGUCUGCUGCUCCACAGAAUGAGCAGCCACCAUCCGCUGGUUCUGAGGACAAUGGUCAAUGCGAUAACGCUGAGGAACCACCACCAGACCCAGAUUCCGCGCAUCUCGAGGAUCUCUUGGUUUGGAAUAUGUUCAGGAACCAAGCUCAACUGGAGAUUCCUGAGGACAUUGAGAUUCCCGAGAACAUGGACUUGGGUUCUGAUGCAGAAGACAUUGCCAAUGAUGACGAAGAAUCGCUCUCUCCAGAGUGCCCCAACGAAGAAGAAGGCACUGCCUCAGAUGCCGAAGAGGCUGCUGCUGAGGCUCCCCUAGAGGAGGAGCCCGGUGGUCCGGAAGAAGGACCGCCCGAAGAGCAAGCCACUCCUCCUCUCGACAUGAAGGACGACCGUGCAGCAGGUGAUGCAUCAACUGAAGCUGAUAAUGCUGGCACAGGGGCAAAUGCUGGCAAAGCAGAGCAGGGUUCAUCGCAUGAAGAUGCUGAGGAGCAAGAAGGCACAUUAGAUCUUGGUGGGGAAACUAGAGGUCUGUCCGGAUCUGGUCCGAGCACUGAGAGCCAGCCUGAAGAUGAGUCGGUUCCUUUCAAAACAUCAGAGAAGCGCACCACUGCAGAUCCUGAAGGUAGGAAACCUCGAAAGUUGCGAACCACUGAACAUCAGAGCACGCAGCCGAAGGACAAGGAGAAAGCUGAGCUCUUCCAACAUGUCACCAGUGAGGAGGCGCACGAUGAAGUCGCACUUGACACGGCCACCCCAGAGCAAGCACAGAGUGCAAUGGAGAGUACAGAGGAGGAAAGAAUGCCAGACCAGCUUAUGGAGUCAGACCAAGAAGAAGCUAUGGAAGAAGACAAUGAUUAUGCAGAAAAACCCCCAGCCGCACACAGAAAAGCAGCUGCUAUGGAGGAAGCAGAAACAAAAGAAAAACCAGGCACUGUUGUAGAGACUGCCUUUGUGGAACGUGGCCCUGAACCAAGUAUUCACACCAACGUGGAUCUUGUGGCAGGAGUGGAAGUGGAUGAGGAGGCUCACUUGCCCACCGAAUGGGAAGUGGCCACCGUUCAACCGGGGUUGGAGACGUGGGCAGCCUGGGAGAAGGCAGAGCGCGAUGUUGCUUCGCUGGUGCAGGAACUCUGUGAACAGCUGCGGCUUGUGUUAGAGCCAACCAGGGCAUCACGGCUUCGAGGGGACUAUAAGUCUGGAAAGCGGCUCAGCAUGCGACGUGUGAUUGCGUAUUUGGCAAGCCAGCUACGCAAAGAUAAGAUCUGGCUACGAAGAGUGCAGCCUUCGCAGAGACAGUAUCGCGUGAUGCUAGCCAUCGAUGACUCACUUAGCAUGGGUCCCAGUGGGCCUCUUGCUUUGCAAUCACUGGCGCUGCUGGCCCAGGCACUCAGUUUUCUGGAGGCAGGCGAACUGGGCGUUGUGAGCUUCGGCGAGCAGGUGCGAAUACUGCAUUUGUUGGGCCAGCCAUGGACACGGGAGUCGGGUGCCAAGGUGGCUGGCUUGUUGAACUUCCAGCAGACACGUACACGAGUGGCCCCUCUUCUGAAGGCGGCAACAGAGCUCUUGCCCCCAGGCCCUGACACUGCUCGAUUGCUGCUCAUUAUAUCAGAUGGCCGAGGCAUCUGCAGCGAAGGGGAUGUGGCAAAUGCAGUGUGCAGAGCACAUUCACAGGGACUUCUGAUGGUGUUUGUUGUAUUGGACAGCCUGGGUGGCAAGGACUCCAUCCUUGAAAUACGGCAACCGGAGUUCGGGCCUUCAGGACAGGUCAAGCUUCGCAGCUACAUGGAGCGCUUCCCAUUCCCCUUCUACAUUCUUCUCCGGGACCUUGCCUCAAUGCCAGCAGUCCUGGGCGAGGCUCUGCGCCAGUGGCUCGAACUGGUCUUGCAAGCCUAGCAAGACAUAUUAUGUGUGAAUAAACUCGCCAUGUGCCAUUCCA